AUGGCGAAACCUGAGAUCCCUACUUCCCGUCCCUCUAUUGCACGAUUCGAUGCAACGGAUCCGUCAACCACAACAGAGACGCUCGUCGAAAUUAUCAACCGCGAUGGCGGCGUCAUAGUAGAGAAACUGAUCGAGCGCCAACUCGCGGAAGAAAUCAAGCGAGAUCUGAAACCGUACUUUGACGGGGACAUUCCAGACAAGUAUGGUUUCUUCCCCGCAACAACGCAGAGAGCAUCCGGACUGCUGGGGAUCUCUGACGGUUGCGUAGAGCUCGCCUGCAACCGCGUCUAUACCGACGUUGCGAACGCUCUGGUCUCUUCGUCGUACACUUUCUGGAGGGGUGAUCAGCAGAAGACGGUGAGCGGGAAGCCCAUCAUCUCCUCGACGGUGGGUUUUCGGGUGAACCCGGGCGGAAAGCAACAGGUGCUGCACCGCGAUGACAAUGAUUAUCACCCUCACGAUAAGAAACUGCCCGUAAUGAUUGGGUGCGUCACCGCCUUGACAAAGACAACGGCGGCAAACGGCGCAACAGUCGUGAUUCCCGGCUCGCAUCUCUGGGGCCCCGAUCGUCGUCCGCUUGACGAAGAGACCGUGCCGGCGGAACUUGAGCCCGGCGAUGCCUUGAUCUUCCUCGGGAACCUAUACCACGCUGGCGGAGGAAACGUGACCAAGGACGAAUACCGGGAGACUGUCGGCAUCUUCCUCUGUCAGCCGACGCUCCGUCCUGCAGAGAACCAAUUUCUCAUGGUGCCGUUUGAACGGGUCAAGAAGAUGAAGCCCCAAGCACAACGUCUUCUUGGGUAUGGUUUGUGCGAACCGGGCGUUGGGUUCAUGAAGUAUCAAGACCCGAUGCGGGUGCUUUUUGGCGUCGAGGAUGAAGAGACAGUCGACUUCUAA